CUAUUAUUAUUAUUAACUAUAGCUAGCUUAACCACACUAAACAUGAAAUCUAGCUAUAUGGCAAUCAUUAUCCUACAUGUCAAUUACAGGAAACCGCUAAAAAGUAAGUAAAAUUAGCUAGCUAGCUUUGUUUGACCAAGGCUAGCCGUGGCUAUUUCUACAUGCUAGCUUGCUUCAACAAGAAGAUUUUGGCGAGAUUACAAGGUAAAGUGUUUCAUUUUUCUUUUGUGAAUGCAAUGUGCCUCCCUAAAUAGUAGCUAGUCGGGUAGAAAGCGGAAAAACGGCUGUCUGCCUGGCAACCUGUCCAGUCCAGCACAUAACUGCCCAUAAAACCAACAAAAAUGUUAUUUUUACACUACGCUUUUAUACAUAUUCAACGGACGAGAUAUAACCUGUUAGCUAAUUCGUGAGCUUUCAAAGUUGCUGACUGACUGAGGGGACUUUAAGCCAAGUAACUACCAGUCUGGAUGUCUGCACGCUGAGCUGCGGUGAAGAAAUGGUUAAAUCAAGGAUGCAAAAACAGAGACACCGUGAAGGAAGGAGAAGCCGGGGAAACAGACGAGCUGCAGACCAAGCACCGCGACAUCCUGGACAAUAUCCCCGGGUGAUGUGUUUGAUCCGCUGGCCUGUGUGCUGAGGGAGACACCGCCGAGCUUAAUCUGAAGACCUGCAUCGCGUUAUCACAGAUAGAAAAUUUGCGUGAAAGCAAGAGGAAAGAUGGUGACCGUGGAAACCCCAGAGGCUCCUGUACCUCUGACAGCGCUGUCACGCUGGUACCUCUACGCCAUCCACGGCUACUUCUGCGAGGUCAUGUUCACAGCCGCCUGGGAGUUUGUGGUGAACUGCAACUGGAAGUUCCCUGGCGUGACCAGCGUGUGGGCGUUCUUCAUCUACGGCACCUGCAUCCUUAUUGUGGAGCAGAUGUACCUGAAGCUGCGCGGCCACUGCCCCGUGCUGCUGCGCUGCAUCAUCUACACUUCAUGGACGUACCUGUGGGAGUUUGGCACGGGGCUGCUGCUGCGCCAGUUCAACGCCUGCCCCUGGGACUACUCCGAGUUCCGCUACAACUUCAUGGGACUGAUCACAGCCGAGUACGCCGUGCCCUGGUUCUGCGCCAGCUUCACCGUGGAGCGCUUUGUUAUCCGGAAAACGCUUCGGCUGCGAUUCCACAAGGGGCCCGAGGACGGUUGGUCAAACAAUCAGUUGGAUGCCGGGACAGGAGGAACCGCGGGUGGUGGGAGAAGGAGAGAGGGGGGCAGAGGGAUGGCAAAUGAUGCUAAUGGCUACCUUAAAGGAGAAUGAAUGAAGGAAAAACUAAAUCGGAAACCAGCCCAAUUGCCCUGCUACACCUCCUCUACCCUUCUCAGCCCCUUUUAAUAAGCAGUCCUCCCCCAUUAACUGUCUGGGGUGAAGACAAAUGGACAGCAAUGUGCACUGGGCUGGUGUGCAGAGUAUCCGAACAGCCAGAAAACAAAACCUAACUGAGGCUUUAAAUGCCCAAAUCACUCACUUCUCUCUCUACUGUCAACAGAGGCACAAUAACUCCAUGUUGCUGUGUUUGCUGCAUCUCAUAACGCACCCACCGAUUUCUAUGCGGGGUUGGCCUUGAGUAGAUCAAGGUCUUGAAUGUCCAGGAUUACACUUUCGGGAGGGGGGUGGGGAACUGUUGCAAAGAUUAGUGUUAUCAUCCCGCGAAGGAACAAAUUCAAGAACUAGAAGAAUAAAUAUUUCUGUUUUUCAAGGGCACAUCAGUCUAUCUGAAAGCAGAAAGCUUGCUGCAUAGUAAUCAUAAAAAGUAGCUACAGCUGUAACACAUUCUUUUUAAAAUGUACAUAUUGUCCUUUAGUAUUAAUCAAAGUACUGUAGUAAUGUAGCUACACAAAUCUCUUUAAAAACAUACCGUCCACCCUGAGGCUCCGUGUGUCAGCGUACAUCAUGAACAAUGUUUUUAGUGAAUACCCACAAUGUCUGGGGAAACGAUGCAUGAAAAAAAAAGUUGUCUUCCAAUAUAAUAUACAUUUCUACAAAGCUCAUUGAGCAGUCGUACUGUAGUACGUCUCAGUCUGUCAGUACUCAGUCUGCUGCUGGUGUGUGGGGGGGUCGGCCAGUUAUGGUCGAUUCCUGGUUGUCUCCUCCUGACAGCACGUUGAAGUGUCCUUGAGCAAGACACCGAAACCCCAAACUGCUUGCGCUGAGCAGGUUCACAGCCUUGCAUGGCAGCUUCUCUGCUGUGUGUGUGUGUGUGUGUGUGUGUGUGUGUGCGUGUGCGCGUGCGUGAAGGCUAAUUUGAGAUAUUUAAAGGCGCUAAAUAUAUGCAGUCCAUUUGCCAUACCAGCAAGGGCGCUUUUCUGUUAAUGGCAAUGAUUGAGUCAUGAGCUGCAGCAUAAAGCGCCGAACCUCUUGAUAAUUUUUUUCCGUUUUCCUAAAAACUUUCCAUGUCUGGAUGUCCAUUUUGUGUGCUUUAAUGUCAUCUCAGAUCUGCUGGGGUCAAAUAAGCCUCAUCCUUAUUCUCAAUCAUUGGAAAUCAAUCAGUCAAAUCAUACAAAUUUUGCUUUGAUUCUUUUUUUUUUUCUUUUUUUUUUAUUAUGCCAGUUGCCACAUGAUCAAAAAAGUGUUUGUUCAUUAAUAAAGUAGCAAUAGUAAAUUUUGAGUGACACAGAAUGACAAGUAGUUUAGGUGUCACGUCAGGUUUCCAUAUUUGAGCUUUUUAACUUGAAAAUACAUUUUAGGAACAAACGCCACAUUCACAAGUUAUGCCCAUCAGAGUGUUGUUGGUCCCACAUUUUCACCCCAUUUUUCAUGACCCCUCUCGAUUUGCAUUACAGUUAGUUUAAAGCUAUAGUGCGUAGUUUCUGUCGCCCCCUUGAGGAAUUUCAAAGUAAUGACAAUAAAACUGUCGGCACGUCCACAUGAUACAAGCCUUCCGUGAUCGCGCACGCGCCCCACCCCUCCUCCACUUAGUCCCUUGUAGCCAAGGAGGUCACGGAGGAUUAAAUAAACAUGAUGGACUCUUCAGAAGAGGUCAUUAUCUUCACUCGAGUUUCUGCGCACGAAAGUCACUGGACGCCACAAUCUUCUGAACAUAGUCAUACUGAGAAAUACAG